AUGUAACUGCUGAUUAUUAAGCCAAAAAAUAGCCCCAGUCGAGGAUAUGGGUGAACCGAAGCAGAAGAUGAAGACGAAAAAUUUUCGGAAAAGAAAUAUAGAAGACGUAGUAGAAGAAGACCAAAUUCUAAGAAACAAUGGUUCAGAUGGCGAAGAAGAAGAAAGGCGAUUGGCGUUAGAAGAGGUGAAAUUCCUUCAGAAACAGAGGGAGAAGAAGUGGGGAAUUGCAGCAAUAAGUAGUAGCACAAUAGUGCAGCGUAGUGGUGUUGGCGGCGGCGGUGGUGGUGGUGGUUUGGUUGCAAAGAAAGCAAGCGAGAAGAACGAUGGGGAUGGGGAGAAAGACGAAUUGGUCUUGCAGGAUACCUUCGCUCAAGAAACUGCUGUCAUGGUCGAAGACCCCAAUAUGUUGAGAUAUGUAGAACAAGAGUUGGCAAAGAAAAGGGGAAAGAACGUUGACGUAGCAAAUCAGGUUGAGAAUGAAGUAAAACAUGCAGAGGAUGAAUUAUACAAAAUCCCCGAACAUCUUAAAGUGAAGAGGCGGAACUCAGAGGAAAGCUCUACUCAAUGGACUACUGGGAUUGCUGAGGUUCAACUCCCCAUUGAAUUCAAGCUAAAGAAUAUUGAGGAAACAGAGGCUGCCAAAAAGCUCCUACAGGAAAAGAGGCGCAUGGGUCGAAUGAAAACAGAAUCUAGCAUCCCUGCAAGUUAUAGUGCAGAUUAUUUCCAACGUGGCAGAGACUAUGCCGAAAAGCUUAGAAGAGAUCAUCCCGAGCUGUACAAGGAGAGAGGUGUAGAGGAUGCUGGUCAGGAAUCUAGACCAACUGAUUCUGGUACAGAUGCAGCAGGACGAAGGCAAGCUGCAACAGAUGAGUUCAUGCUUGAGCGCUUUCGCAAACGUGAACGCCAUCGUGUGAUGCGGAGAUAACACGCAGCUGAGAAUUCAUUGCAUCUCAGUGUCAGAUCAAAUAUGGUCUGUGUAAUGGAUUAUCACUGUGUGUUCUAACUUAUCCUGCACUUAUCAAAAGGAAAGCAAAUAAAUUAAAACCUAAAAAGAACAAAAAGCUUAUCCUGCCUCUAUAUGCUGGUUCAUUCAGCUACGUGCACACGGCCAUGAGAAAAGUUUGAUGCUUUUAUCUUUAUAAAUAUCUGUGGUGGUGGUCUUUGUAAUGAUUGAAAGCUUCCGGAGAUGUAAACUGUCAGUGACUAUUGUUGUGACUUGAUAGAGGAUACAAAAUUUGAUUCGUUA